CCUCUGUGCAGCUACACGUUUGGUUACCGCACUCAGCUGGAGAGACAUAUGGCCACACACAAGCCAGGACGAGAUCAGCACCAGAUACUCAACCAGGGUUCUGGCAACCGCAAGUUCAAAUGCACUGAAUGUGGCAAGGCCUUCAAAUACAAACACCAUCUAAAGGAGCACCUGCGGAUACACAGUGGUGAGAAGCCAUACGAAUGUCCAAACUGUAAGAAGAGAUUCUCGCACUCCGGGUCCUACAGUUCACACAUAAGCAGUAAGAAAUGCAUCGGACUGAUCGCCAUCAAUGGCAGGGUGAGAAACAACUUGAAGACGGGUUCAUCUCCGACCUCUGCAUCAUCCUCCCCUACGAACACCGCCAUUUCGCAGCUACGACACAAACUGGAGAAUGGCAAACCCCUCAGUCUGCAAGACCAGUCCAACCACCUCAACAUCAAAUCUGAACCACUGGACUUCAACGACUAUAAGCUGAUGAUGGCCUCUCAUGGCUACGGUACAGGCAGCCUCUUCCUCAAUGGUGGUGUGAGGGGAGGCAGCCCACUGGGCAUUCAUAACUCCCACAGUCCCCUUCAGCACCUGUGCAUGGGGAUGGAGGGGCAAAUGCUGGGAUACCCAUCACUGGGAAACAACCUGAGCGAGGUACAGAGGGUCCUGCAGAUCGUGGACAACACAGUUUGUCGACAAAAGAUGGACUGCAAGCCAGAGGAGAUCUCCAAGUUGAAGGCGUACAUGAAGGAGUUGGGUUCCCACAUAGAGGAACAGAAGCAAGCGCUCACCUCUACCGGUGGACCCCAGAACACGCUUCCUCUUAUCAAUCACAAUGGUGCCACCAAGAGCAUCAUAGACUACACGCUUGAGAAGGUCAACGAAGCCAAAGCCUGCCUUCAGAGCUUGACUAUGGACUCUAAGAGGCAAAUUAGCAAUAUCAAAAAAGAGAAGGCAAAUCAUAUGCUAGAUAUAGUUAUAGAGGACAAAACGCACGAGAAUAAUAAUCUAAUGUUUACACCCUUCUCCUGUCAGUAUUGCAAAGAGACCUUCCCUGGCCCCAUUCCCCUGCACCAGCAUGAGCGCUACCUUUGCAAGAUGAAUGAGGAAAUCAAGGCCGUGCUUCAGCCCGCUCAGAAUGCCUCAACCAACAAAACCGGCUUGUUUGCUGAGAAACACAGCCUCUUGCACCCCUCCGUCAUCCCUGAGAAGGGCGUCAACGGCCCUUUCAGUCCCUACAAGGACCACAUGUCAGUGCUGAAAGCUUAUUUCGCCAUGAACAUGGAGCCCAACUCGGAAGAACUACUGAAAAUUUCCAUAGCGGUCGGCCUUCCACAAGAGUUCGUGAAAGAGUGGUUUGAGCAAAGGAAAGUCUUUCAGUACGCAAACUCCAGGACUCCUCCUUUAGACAGGAACCAUGUGGACUCUGGUCAUCCGGUCUCCGUUCACACGCCCAUUAAAGACUCAUUAGGCAUCCGGUCUCCAAUGUCCCUGGUCAAAGGUACUGACCGCAUCACAUCCCCCUCCAUCCCCGAGCUCCAUAACAACAUUAACAACUGCGACACCCCAUUCAGGCUCUCCAAAACCCUUCAGUUCUCCAACCACAAGCCGCUGGGGGAUAAGCUGGACCACUCCAGAAGCAACACGCCAUCUCCUCUAAACUUGUCGUCCGCCUCCUCCAAAAACUCCCACACUAGCUCUUACACACCCAACAGCUUCACCUCUGAGGACCUGCAGGCUGAACCUCUUGACCUCUCAUUGCCAAAGCUCAUGAAGGAGCCAAAGCACAUCUUGACUGUGAAAAGCCGACCCAAGCUAAACAGCACCCCCACUGACCAUAACCACGUCAUGACGCCCCGGGAGCACGCAGACGAGCCACUAAACCUGGCUUAUCUGUCCAAGAAGGAGUUUGGCAGCCCCAAUGCAAACAGCAAUCUGGACAAAAGCUCGAGCCCAAUGUUUGGUCUGAACCCCUUCGCUGCCAAACCCCUGUACACCUCCUUGCCACCCCAAAAUGCAUUUCCGCCCCCCACGUUUAUGCCCCCGGUGCAAGCCAGCCUCCCGGGGCUGAGACCCUACCCCAGCCUCGACCAGAUAAGCUUCUUGCCGCACAUGGCCUACACGUACGCGGCAGGCGCGGCCAGCUUCGCCGAGAUGCAGCAGAGGAGAAAAUACCAGCGGAAGCCAGGGUUCCAGAGCGAGCUUCUCGACGGGCCGGCAGAUUAUCUGAGCAGUCUAGAUGAUAUGGCCGACCCCGAGGCCUGUCUGUCCAGGAAGAAGAUUAAGAAAACAGAAAGUGGUAUGUACGCGUGUGACCUUUGCGACAAAACAUUCCAGAAGAGCAGUUCCCUCCUCAGACACAAAUAUGAACACACAGGUAAACGGCCGCACCAGUGUCAGAUCUGCAAGAAAGCGUUUAAACACAAGCAUCAUCUGAUUGAACACAGCCGCCUGCACUCCGGAGAGAAGCCCUACCAGUGCGACAAAUGCGGAAAGCGCUUCUCGCACUCUGGCUCGUACUCGCAGCACAUGAACCACAGAUACUCGUACUGCAAGAGAGAGGCGGAGGAGCGUGAGGCGGCCGAGCGAGAAGCCCGAGAGAAGGGUCACCUGGAGCCCACGGAGCUGCUGCUAAACCGGGCGUACCUGCAGAGCAUCGCUCCACCCGGAUACCCAGAGCAUACACCAGAGCCUAUCCUCAGGGACGGCCUGAACGGGAGCAUUCGGGAGCGACUCAAGGAGGUGGAAGGAGCGUUCGUGAAGAUGGGCCGGCGAGACGAGGAGGAAGAGGAGGAGGAAGAGGAGAGCGAAAACAAAAGCAUGGACACCGACGUGGACACCAUGAGGGACGAGGAGGAAAACGGCGAGCACUCGAUGGACGAGAGCUCCGUGGACGGCAAAACCGAAUCCAAAUGGGAUCCCGAGGAUGUGGUGUAGCCGCUCACUCGGGGGACGGGUCGUCUGCGAAGCUGCAUUAUGCAAAAAUAAAAAAAAAAGGAAAAUAAAAUAAAAUAAAUGAAGUUUUAAAAAUUUGUACAGUAUUAAGGCCUAACGUAUGUGUGGUGCUACCAUCCUAUGUGUUCCAUAGUAUUUAUAGCACAAACUAGUAACUUGUACAAAAAUUGCACUCUGCUUCUAUAAUCACUACGAGAAUAAUGAAAUUAUUUGCUGAUGUAUAUUUAUACAGUGUUAAAAAGGGGUGCAGGGGAUCAGUAUUUAAUGCGUUUUUUCUGCCCUCGCCACACACUCUUUUAGGCCGAAUUCACGUGAAGGACCGUAACAGUAUUCCAUUUGCUUUGACGAUUUCGAGUCUUAAAGAGACUGUUUGGAGAGAGAACGAUCAUUCGACCGGGACAGACGACGGAUGGACUGAGCCUUUGGAAGGUUGUUGCCUUAUAUGCAAACUUGUUAAUCAGCGCGUUUCUAAAGUGCCAACCCUGUUCAGUAUUACAGGAGAGCGACGCGAGCCGUCUCUCUCACUCGCUCUCUCUCUCUCCGAUCAGCUCUUUAGUUUACAACGACGUUUGUGCAAUUUCGUUCUCAGUAUUACACCAAACCGUUUUGCAAUGACAGAAUUGCAUCCUUUUAUUUGUAGGUUUAAAUGACAUCUUAUUUAUGUGACCCAUUUUGUAUCUCCUGAUUUUAUUUAUUUCAUACUGUACAGUACAGUAUUAUAGUUCUUCAAUAAAUAGAUCUAUUUUAGUAAAAUGGAAGCUGGAGUCGA